GACUAUACGCUUUUACCAACCUGACUUUAGUUUAUAUCGGGCCUUGUAAAAUUUCUGUUCGAACGUACGUAACACGGUCGGUUGAGGGGCGAGCAAUACCCGUUGUUAUUGUUAUACGGUGAGGCGGAAAAGAAAAAGUUUUUCUUUUUUUAGGAACUCGGGGUCAGUUUCCGGUGCCUUUUGUUUGAACUUUCUGAAAGUUUUCCCGGCCCGCCAAACCGCUAAAGGAGGGCAAGAGAGAGAGGGUGGUCAAAGUGGACAAAGUGAAGUUAGUGCGGGAAAGGAGGGAAAGCAUGCGCAGUAGGUAUGCGUUUAGCAUUUUCGAAUACAAUACGGCAGGAAUCUAUUGUACUGGCUUUUAUUGGAAAAUGAAGCAUUAGGACUCGCACUAAAAGGAACACCUGAAGCCAAUUGAGAAAAUACACCGUCCAGCAAAACUAUAGCCGGACCUACCUGUUUUAUCGCGUGUCCCGACCGUUGGAAAAAUAAUGUAAACAGCGGACUAUCGAUCCAUGAAACACACUUAUUAUAUUUUCCACACUACACCAUGCAGACUUCUUCACAACUUUCCCGUUCCAGAUUAUAAACAAAAAAAAAAAAGUUCAACCUUUAACUGAUUGAUAAAAUGGCCAUUUUGUUAGUGUUCGGUUAAUACUGCUUAAAGUUUGUGUUGGUGAUUUUGUGCUUUGAUGAUGGUGAUGGUAGUAGUGUUGUGAUAAAAUGGCAACCACGAAUAAUGGGGUCAAACCAUUGUAUUCUACUUGCGUUGCAGUAUUGGGAUUUGUUUGUUUGGUGGUUGGAGCUGCCGCAGUAGGGAUACCCAUGUGGGGCUAUUUUGAUACUUAUGGAUGGGGGGGGCAUGAUCGAGGUGGCUUAAACAGAGGAUACUUUGGUCCAUGGAAAACUUGCAAACUUCUACUUUACAAUAGGGAAAAUUGUGAGGAGGGAGCUUCUAGGUUUAGGCCGACAGUUGCUGUAUUCGUAGCUGGCCUAGUAGCUGUAAUAUCAGUCAUAGUUCUAGGGAUAUUUUGUAUUUUAAGUGUCAUUCAGCUAGCCAUGAUAAGCUCCAAAGAAAAGGUGGUGUGUAAAUACGGAUUUAUGAUGCUUACGAAGGUCGUAAUGGCUUUUGUGUCAGCACUUUUGGCUAUAGUAGCUGCGGGCCUAUUCGCAACACAAAUCGACGACGAAAGAAAUGGCUUUGAAAUAACCAGAGGUCCCGGAUUUUAUAUUGAGGUCUUAUCAGUAGUUCUGAAUUCGAUUUUAUUCGUCAUGGCGUUAUACGACAUGUUCUUCUCUAAAAAAGAAGGCGGAGACCCCACAAAAACUCCGAUGCCAAACGAGCCUACCACGUAUGGAAAUCCUGGAUUCCGAGAGAGAACGGGGGGAGGUGCGAAUGGUGGAAUUUCCAUGACAGAUGCCAGUGGUAAACCAUACACAGCGGCAUCAAACGGUUCGAUGGCUUCUAUGAAUACUACUUCCACCACCUUGGGAUCUACAAAUGGGUCUACAAUUGGUUCAUCCAUUACAACUACCAGGUCUCCAUUAAGAAGUAGCUUAAAGAAGCCCAAACCCAAAGACGGACUGGGCAUACAGAAUCCUGGAUUCAGUGGGACAUCGCCCACCUUAAACCGGAACGGCAGUACAAAAAAGGUUCGAAUACAAACGCACAGUACAGAAGUGUAAUAAAAUGCAUCACUGUAUGUUAAAAAGUGCGCACAAUUUUGUUUUAAUCUUUGAUGAUGUUAAACGUUAUAAAUAUUUAGGCUUUUUUUCAUGUUUGAACUAUCUCUAGUCUAUUGAAAUUUUAUCUUAAUUAUAUGGUGUCAAACACAACUGUCAAUAUGUUAUUUUGUUAAUUGUAUAUUUAUUGUAAAGUUUACAAUUGUUACGACAUAAUCUUAAUUAUAGGCGCUUAUGAUAUUUUACGUUUUGUAAAAAUACAUUAAACAUUCCUUAUUUUUUUCCGUCCAUUUUUAUAUUUUUAGUUAGUUAUAAAAGUGUUGUUAUACGGGAGUAGGAGUAAUUUUUAUUCAUUAAAGCUUAUUUUUAAAAUGUUUAAAUGACGCUUUCAAAAUUGUUGUUAUUUAGGUUAAAUCGUUAGUUAUCAGAGCACAAUUUUAUAUAAAUAAUUAUAAAGCAAAAAAUUAUUUUAC